CGAAUUGGGCCCAUCGCUUGACAUGCAGCCAAUGCAACACUCACACGUGUCAAAAUCAAGCUAGCUGAUUGUACGGACGAGUACAUUUAAGAGAGACGAGCGCCAUCCAUGCUUGCCGAGCCUCGUACGAGGUGGGCUCCAUCGUCCCCGUCUCCGCCCCGCCAUUGGCCCUCUCUACUAUUCUUUUUCACACCAUCUCAAUCCAGAGGGUGAAAAAACCAAAAUUAAAUUAAAGGUGGGAAAAUGAGACCGGAGAAAGGUCAUGGCGAAUCAGAAGCUGAGGUUAGCUUCGUGGGUUUCCGUUUUCUACUAAAGCCUCCAUUAUUGGACGGUCCAUGGGAGACGAAUAAGGAAAGUUCAGCCACCAUCCUGCAAAAAAAUCCAAUCUUUUUUAGUUCCUUCGCCGGGCUGCUGCGGCGGCGGAAUAGGGUUCAGGCAAGGUGGCCUCGACGUCAGGGCCAGUCUCCGUGGUUGCCAUUUCUGCAAGCUGAGCUCCUUUGCGUGUUUUUUUCCAACCGAUCUGCAUUUUUCUAGAUUCUGAUCCAUAUCGUCUGAUCUUUCACCUACUUCUUCUGGGUUGGAAAGGGGAAAAGAUACAGAGAAAUUAAAAUGGUGCGGGGAAAGACGGAGGUGAGGCGUAUAGAGAACGCAACGAGUAGGCAGGUGACCUUCUCCAAACGAAGGAACGGCUUGCUCAAGAAAGCUUUUGAGCUUUCCGUGCUCUGCGACGCCGAGAUCGGCCUUAUCGUCUUCUCCUCAAGCGGCAAGCUCUACGAGUUCUCUAGUUCCAGUAUGCUGAACACCAUUGAGCGUUACAAAAUGCACGUCAAAGAUAUGAUUGAAAAUAGCAGAUCAACGGAACAAAAUAUUCAGCAAUGGAAGCACGAUUUAGAAGUCAAGGCAAGGAAGAUUGAACUCCUUGACGUAUCUAAGCGGAAGCUAAUGGGUGAAAGCUUGGAAUCCUGCUCUGUUGAGGAGCUGAAUGAAUUAGAGAGUCAGCUCGAGCAGAGCCUAAGCAGAAUUAAGAAAAGAAAGAACCUUGUUCUAAAAGAGAAGAUAACACAACUGAAAGAUAAGGAGAGAGAGCUGCAGGAAGAAAAUGAUUUGCUUAAAAGGCAAGCAAGUCGCUUAGCCUCAUCUUUGGAAAUUGUUCCUCAAGGUGAUAGCCACUAUAAGGAUGUAGAGACAGAACUGUAUAUAGGAUGGCCGGGAAGAUGAAGGACCCAACAACUGUGGAAAUGGUGAUUUUUUUACACUCCCAGGUAUUCAAACGCACCAUAAAUAUUUUGCACAAUUGCAAAGUUAACUCAAAUGUGUAGCAUAAUUUGCAUUCUCAUCCAAUUCCUUUGUAAUCAACCAACAUAAAAAUUGUUGUAAAGAAUAAUAGGGGUAUAGAGUGAUUGCAUAAGCAAAUUCCAAAGGUUAGAUUCCUGCAGCACAGCCAUGUUACUAUAUUACUUCUUCUGCUCUGCAACUCGAUCUGUAAACGUUAGGUUGUGUUCUUGGCUAUUAAAUCAAAGAUUAUGAAAGCUAAGAUUCAAGUAUGUAUUGAGGACUUGGAAAGAAUAUUUUAGGCUCACUUUGGUGCAUAAGAAUGGUAAGAUUAAGUUU